AUGAAGAGUGAUAUUAUAAAGAAAUUGGUUAAUGAGAAACCCGUGUUUAAUAAGGAGAUAGAGGAUACUUAUAUCAAGAGAUUGGAAGAAGGACAACUAUUGAUUGAUUCGUUAAUUGAACAAUCGAGUUUUGCCUUAAAAUUGUUGAAAUCAGAGUUAUUACAUCAUCAACAUACUAAUGAUAAGCAACAAGUUAUAGCCGAGUAUAAAAGGAAUGAAAUCAUCCCCUUCUAUCAAGAUAAAAACGACGUGAUAUCUAUUAGUACGGCAUCGAUUUUAAUUCAAUCAUUGAUCCAACAACAUGUGAAUAGUUCUAAAAAUCUUCAAUCAUUAAAUAAUCAAGAAUUUGAUACUAUCAAUAACUUAAAAGGGUUCAAAAUGGAGUAUCAACAAUUAUUGGAUAAUCUUGAUGAAAUUUCUCAAUUCAAAAAGGAUAGAUCCCAUGAAAUUACCCAUAGUAAUGAAUUUGACUUGACAAAUAAUGAAAAAAUUCAACAAUUGAAUGAUUUGGUUGAUACAACUGAUAAUGAUCUCCAAAGUUUAAACAACGCGUUAAAGAAAGUAGUGUUUAAAUAUGUUUCAUUUGAUGAUACUUCAUUAUCAGUUGAAGAAAUCAAAUCUAGAGUUACUCAACUCAUAGAAUUAAUUAAUAAGUUAAUCAAAAAUUUGAUCACCAAUAAGGGAUUCACCCCUAUUGAUCCUAACCCCGUUCAACAAAGUUUAAUUAGGAAUUUAAUUAUGAAUGACAUAAUUUUAUCAGACCUUUCAGAUGAUAUGUUAAUUCAAUUACGGGAUUAUAGUAGAUAG